UUCUUCAACCAAUUAUCAAAAGGACUUCAAUCAACGCGUUCCUCGGCAAACCCUCCUCCUCUUGCACACACGCCCACAUCCCGUGCAUCCCGUGCAGCCGUUAUAAAAACGCCGCCACCGACGCGUCGCGGCAUCCAUUGUACGCGCAGAGCAGGCGAGACAACGCGUGUGUGCGCGUGCGUGUGCGGGGAAAAUAAUUAUUGCGCGCGAUCAUGGGUAGCACGAAGCAAGCCUUCAUCUGUUCCGUCGCCCUCCUCUGCCUCGAGACGAUUUUCGUGAACGCAGCGCCGGAUUGGGUGCCGCCCGAGGUGUUCGACAUGGUCGCGGAGGACAAGGCUCGUUGCAUGGGCGAGCACGGAACGACGCAAGCGCAAAUCGACGAGGUGGACAAAGGGAACCUGGUAAACGAACCGUCCAUCACUUGCUACAUGUAUUGCUUGUUAGAGGCGUUCAGCUUGGUGGACGAUGAGGCAAACGUGGACGUGGAUAUGAUGUUGGGCCUGUUGCCGGAUCAUCUUCAAGAAAGGGCUGAGUCGAUCAUGGGCAAAUGCCUUCCAACCUCCGGCUCCGACAAUUGCGACAAGAUGUACAAUCUCGCCAAAUGCGUCCAAGAAUCUGCGCCGGACGUAUGGUUCGUUAUCUAAGGGGGCGUGACGAGAAGAUUAUUUUCUGGGAUCGAGUGGACGAUCGCGAGGGAAAAUCGAGAACAGGCUGUGUGGAAAAAAUGGCUAAGUGAAUACGGCACAAUUGCGAAAUAAACGAAAAGGAGGAGGAUUAAAAAAUGCAGAAGAAAAAAAAACGCGAGAUAUCAUCAAAAAUACAAACAAUAGUUUUAAUUCGUCUUAAACAAACGCGUGCACGUUCCGAGAGAAUAUAUCCCAGAAGAAAAUCGCCACUCGAUGCUGACAAUAACCGGCGAAGAGAUAAAUACAUAGAAAUGUGUAUAAUGUAGGUGAGAAAGUGAAAAAUAUACGAAUAUGAGCCGAGUGAACGUUCUUCGCUCGUCGAAUAAUCAAACAAGAAA